GGCUGCGCAUGCGCGGUGAACUCUCCCAAAGUCCCGGCCAAGUUUUGUCUGGAAGUGAUGGUCCGGACUGUGUCAGUGUCUCCCAGAGCGGCACCGGAGACCGGAGGCACCGGAGAUCGGCUUCCCAGUGAAUGCAGCAGGGCCGCGGCAUGGAUGCCACAGUGAACAGCUUAGCAGAUGACGUCAGCCUAAUAAAGGUGAAGGAGGAAACGAAGCUCGUUCUUGAAGCCUUUUUGAAGCGAUCCUUGAUCCAUGAUGGCCACAUUGGCCACGUGGGGCGCGCGUAUCACGACCCCAAAAGGUUUUGCCAAGGACCCCAUGUUGAUGAAAGAGAAGAGUCCACGAAGAGGAAAAAGAAACCCGAGAAAAAAAAAAGGUCAAAAGAGCCAGAACAGGAAAAAGACGAGCUAACCUCGAAAGAAAAAGAAGGGUCUACUUUGGAGAAUAACGGAACAUGGAACUCCCUCCAUGAAAAGAUAAACCAUGCAGAGGAAAAGAAGCAUGGCUUCCAAACGAGCAUUAAAAAGCUCCUGCGGAGACAUAGUCAUUCCAAGGAGAAGUCCUCUGUUAGAUGGAAAGGUGGAAGCGUUCACAGCAAAUCCAGAGAGUCCUUGGAAAAUGUUCUGGAUGAGCCAAAGAAAGGAAGCACCAAAGGCGAUUCCUUGAAGAGGCAGAAAAUUCCGUUGCCUAUACUUGCCUGUGCCGCAGCCGGUUCUGUGGAUUCUUUGGCACACAAGGAGAAAGAAGAGGUAGAGGCUCCAGAAAAACAUUCCUCUCAAAGCAAACUGCGAACCUUCACCUUUAAAAAUAUUCUGAAGAAGAAAUCCAAGGGUCAAAGCUCCAAUUCGGAGUCCCCGCCCGUCAGACCUGCCUUCCUGCCCGUUACUCCCUGCUACAAGGAAGACGCUCCUCAUGAUACUGACAAAGCCAAUGACUCCCAGAUUUACAACUUGGCCGCCAAAAAGUUAGACAAUCUAGUCCAACAGAAGAUACUGAGGAGCCCCACUGGGCUGGCCCAAUCUCCUGUCUUUCCUGCCUCUCGAAAAGGUGUCCCACCUCUGGUAUCUGAUAACAAUAACGUUGUAACCAGUGAAACUACAACUCCGGAGGAUAAGGACGAGCUUAUUCGUAAACUGGUGGUACUGUUGCAGGAACAGGCGGUUGUGAUUAAUGAAAAGAUCAAUAAGGAUCCCUUCCUGAGGAAUGCCCUAUCUAGAAUGUCCUACGGCAGCUUUUCUCGCCUCGCCGAGGUUUUCACAAGCCAAGCAGGGGUGGCAGCUGGAGGAGAUGGCGCCUCCGUCAGCCCUGAGCUGACCAAAAUUGCUCUGACCAUGGAGCUGACCAGGAAAGUGGCCGGCAUCAACAGCCACGCCGUGCACACGUUGAUGGGCUACAGCCUACAGUACAUGGAUAUGUUCGUGCCGUGGCUGCAGAAGCAAGGAGGCUGGGAGAAUAUUGUGGUCCAGGGAGAUAUACUGGACGUCCAAAUAGACUAACGAUCCUCAACGUGGUUUACAUCCGAAUCGGCCGCCAUGGACACAUCUUUGGAUCCGUGGUCACCCUUGUGGUCAAUGUGAUUGGACACGCUCCAUACCGGAGCUGCUGUGGUUUACAACAAUGGCAACAGGCCCUUCUACCCAAAUCGAGAUGUUGGCAUGUGCCAUUGUCCACCUUGUAAAACUGGAUGAUGUUGAGGGGGGGAAAGGGGUCUUCUU